AUGGAAUCUGUCAGUAUGUCGAAUGAUUUUACACCUUUAAAAUUGGAUGAAAGUCAAUUAUUUGAAUUAGUUCGUCUAUCGAAUAUAAUAAUUGACGAACGUAUGUUUAAAAUAAUUCUUGAAUUACUCAAAUUAAAUAUUAAACCAGAAGCUAUUAUUCAAGUAUUAAAAGUCUUAGCAAAACAAGGAUUAACAUCAACAUCAUCUUAA